CGUAUCUAAAAGCAGCUACUGCAGAAAAGAUGGGGAAAUCCUUCUUGACAUUUCCAUGAGGAAGGCAACAUCGAAACAGGCCCUGGACACCAAAAUUUCCAGCAACUACUUCUUCCUUCAGCAGACAAAUUGGAACAACCAGAGAAGUUUCCUUCUUCCUGGAAGAAAUGGAUGUUUAGAAGAGGCUGAGGAGCAUAAAGGAUACGGAUCCUCAGGAGCUAGAGAGUCGUCGUGAGCUACGUUGUCGAAGAACCCAGCAAAAAACAAACAGCAAACAGGAGGACUCCUGACUGAAAAAACAGCAGAAUUUUUCUCAAGAGGGGCAACUCUGAGUACUAUCAUGUUUGGCUACCCAACAGCAGAGGCAAUGAGCUGGCUCCACAGGGGCUAUGGGAGCUCCCAAGGGACCACAGGGCAACUGAAAAGCCGUUUGGAUGAUCUGAAAAAGCCCUGGAGGGUGGAAAUCACCCCUUCAAUGCUGCAGCAUAGCGAGACGGCCAGGCUGGCUGUGGAUGCCUUCCUGGAACAGGGAGAAGGUGGCUACCGGCAAGCCAUUACUAAGGAAAAGGAGCUGCCAUUUCUUUCCACGUUAGAUAUGGAUUACAUGAGCCAACAUAGUCAAAGCAUCACAGGGUCUCCAAUUAAAAGACGAGAGGCAGGGCUGACGAGAGAAGACAGUGGUGACGGGGCUUCCCUCCUCUCUGGAGUCACAUCUGGGACAUACUUCCCAUUUAUGUCAGACAUUGAUCCCCCAGAUCUGGAGCUCGGUUGGCCAGAGGUUCCCACAGUCUCAUCAUUUGGCCAAACAGAAGUCACUUUGUAUUUCCAAAGGGACAAGACACACAAUGUAAAGGAAUUACUUCGGUCUCUGAUAGGCAAGGCCAAGACAGUAAGUAGAGCAUUUGAUAUAUAAUCCAAAAGGGUAAGAUGGGGCUGAUCAUUGGGGUUCUGGUGUUGCACUGGAAUUACAGUGGUACCUCGGGUUAAGUACGUAAUUCGUUCCACAGGUCCGUUCUUAACCUGAAACUGUUCUUAACCUGAAGCACCACUUUAGCUAAUGGGGCCUCCUGCUGCUGCCAUGCCGCCGGAGCACGAUUUGUGUUCUCAUCCUGAAGCAAAGUUCUUAACCUGAAGUACUAUUUCUGGGUUAGCGGAGUCUGUAACCUGAAGCAUAUGUAACCUGAAGCGUAUGUAACCUGAGGUACCACUGUACUUAUAUGUUUGCAAGGCUAGUCCUACCAUUAGGAAGAGUAAGUUGACUGCCUCAAGUGAGCAGUUCCCCCUCCUGUUCCCUCUGAGCCCCAUUUCUGUACUUUUCUGUUGGCAAACAAAGCUGCAUGUGCCCUACAGUCUGUCCCAGGUGUGGUGGUGGAGAUCAUCCUGUUCCUAAUAUUGUAGUAAAAUGCAGCUGCCUUCUGCAUGUGGAGUAAGAGUGGGGGGCCAUUUUGUCCUUCAUCUCUGGCAGAAAACUGUCUUUGGCCAGUCCUGGUAGUUUGCUCCCAUUUUUAUGAUAUCCUACUUAGAAUUUUUGGGUUAUAGCCAACACCACUGCUCUGCUCACGCAGCAGAUUUCAACUUCCACAUCUGAACUUCUCCCUCCUUUCAUGUGCCCAGCAGUCUCCCACACAGCACCUCUACUCCAGAUGGUUGGGAUUUUGGUUUGGAUUUGGACAGCAUUGGAUACAAUUAUUUAUGUAUUAUGUCAACUCCGUGUGUGUUUAUGUGUGUGUUAGUAUUUUAGCCUUGUAUGAGUUUUUUAUCUGAUGGGUUACAUGACAGGCUUUGACGCUCGAUUGCUCAGUAUUGUAGUGGGAAGUAUGUCAUAUUUAGCUAUUGCAGAAGUGGCCAAUCUAUAGUUUCAACACCAUUAUAAGAAUUCUGGGGGAAGAAUAAUAUUUUGCCGCACACCUUUAGAAAUUAUUAGAUGCACUUUUAUUAUUCUUUAGUAUAAAGUCAUCCUUGCAGCCUAGGAGCGAGAACUUCGCCAUCAUGGAGCAGAUGGGUGUAUGCAUGGCCCAGCUAUUACGUGCAAAACUCAAAAACAGAAGCAACAUUAAACCGUAAAUAAUCUCUCCCAGCUUCUGAAAAUGUUUUCCCUAAAGCAUGAAACGGUAGAGAAAAUGGUUAUCAUACAAUCAUUAAAUUUGGUGUGGUCUCCAAGGACCAAAUAAAAUGGCUUCCCGGACCAUACCUGGCCCUGCAGUCUCCUCUUGGCCAUCCCUAAACUGUAGCCCAACAGAAUCUCAAGACAGGAGAGUUCUUUGGGAUGAGUCAGUCAAGAAAUGUAUGUGGAAAAUGUUAUAACACAGUCCAUGUGGCUUUUCUAGGAAAGAACCAUGAAUAGGAUGCCAGGUUCCUGCUAGUUCCUUUUCUAGGAUAUUUCCUCAAAACAUGCCUCCAUGGUAGUUUUUCCUCUUCAGUGUAAAAUGUUUGAUGUUUAUUCUCUCAAAGGAGUAAUUCCAAAGUGUUUGUGCAUGUGUGUGCUAUGUCAAGAUGUCUACAGGGCUUGCUCUGGUAACUGCUGAAAGUACUUAACAGAGCUUGCAACACAUCUGUGAAUAGAUUUGUUUUCUAAAUACAUUUACAUGUAGAUCUGUUAUUCAUUUGAAUAGAAUUAAUUUCCAUUUAAUCGUCUAUGACAUUCACGCCAAACACUACCACUUUAACAGUCAUGGUUUUCCCCAAAGAAUCCUAAAAACUGUAGUUUGUUAAAAGCACUGAGAGUUGUGAGGAGGUGCUAAACAAAUCACAACUCCCAUGAUUCUCUGGAGGAAUAUAACAAUCCAUACAGUCACAGCAGGCGCUGUAAGUCUCCAGUGUGGUUUGGCUUCACCCCCAAAGGCGCACUCCUCCAUUGUCUCAGAUGCCAACAAUAAUAAGAACCGACAAGAGCUGUGUGACUGUAUUGCCUGAGGAAGAGGUGGCAAGGACACAUGACGGGUGGCAGGAUUAAGUGCACUCCCAGUUUGUACAAAUACUUAGUGCUAAUCGACAUUUAUGGUUGAGAUCAGUUAAUUCAGCUGCUUACUGGAAUGUUGUAAUAUUGGUGUCAUUACAAAACCCCUACAGAAAUAAGAGUGUGACACUGAAAUUAAGCUCAUUAGUUGGCAGAGGUGCCAGAUCUAUGGAUGCUAAAGAACUGAAUAGAAGAGAGGAAAUGUCACUAUCAUUGUGGUGGGAAAGACACACCUUGAGAAAUUAAUAUUUCUAUUCAAUUCUUAUAGCAGCUUUGCAUAUCACAGAUUAAGACUGUGCAUGUGUUGUACACUUUUGCAUUUGAGGCAGCUGAGACAGGACAGUUCCGAGGGUCGCUUACAAACCCAUGAUUACAAAUGCAUGUAUGCACAUGCACACACGCUUGCAUAUAUAAUCCACAUAUCACUUGUUCUAAGCCACUCAUUCAUUUUAUUUGUAUGCCAUUUUUCCAUACAAAGCUCAAAGCACUUACAACAAAGGAAUGGGAAGGCAUUUCAAACACUACAAAAACAAUUUCAAAAUAACAUAGAAAAACAAUAACAUACAAGAAACACAUUCCAAAACUGUAAAUAUAACUAAGUGCAAAAAAUAUGUGAAGAUCACUUGUGCUCUAGCUAGCUCAGCUGGUUAGAAAAUGGUGCUGAUAACAUCAAGGCUGCAGGUUUUAUCCCGAUAUGGGACAGCUGCAUUACAGGGGGUUGGACUAGACUAGAUGAUCCUCGGGGUCCCUUCCAACUCUACAAUUCUAAGAUUCUAUGAUACUUAAACAACAUGCAGUAGCCAAAAGCAAAUAUAACAAGGGAGUUAGACAAUGGGCCUUUUCAGCUCAUACUCCUCCUUCACUGCUGUAACUCCUGUGUGCACGCUAUCAUUGAGCUAUGGUCAAUCUCCUAAUAUUUAACUCUAUUAACUUAAUAUUUAAUACUCAUGGUGAAACAGAAAUACUUCAUAUGUAAAGUAUACUGUUGCCAGGUUAAGGCAUUUUUAAUUCCCUCAGGCACUGUAUAUAAAAUGGAUGGUUUCGCUCUUAUGGUAAAAGAUGUUAUAUUUGAAACACUGUAAUUGUGGACUUCCGGGUCAGCGCCAUUGGUGAAUGGUGGAGUUCCUCCGACCGGAGGAACGGGCUCCGUGAAAACUGGGUCUUCCCGCCGCGGCGAAGGUGGGGACCCGCUAGAAAUCCCAGGCGGAGGAAGCCUGGGAACGUGGUGUUCGGCAGGGCACCAGAAGCACCCCCCUACUCGCGGGGAAUCCCAUCUAGGGGCUCCGGAGCGAAGUGGGGUGAGAAGCGCGGUGCUACGAACUGACUGCUACUUUCACGGAGUGAAGCCGCACAGCCAUUGCCAGAGAGCGCUGACUUUUUCCUGUGGACAAUUGGACUUAAAACAAGUACCCGUGAGUAGAAACGGAAAAUUGGAUCAAGAAAUUGUUUUAAUUUGGUAUCGAAGUGGGAAGGUGCAAACAGGAAGUCCACCUUCCGCUUUUUUGUAUAUAGACUAAAGCAAAAAUUUUGCAAGCUAAAGCCGGGAAGCUGUUUAAAAAGACUAAAUUUCCUUCAUUUUAGAAUCACUGAAACCCCCCUUGGAAGCAGGAGAAAAGGGGGGGGGGACUCUGUUUAACCCCAGCAGGAGAGGGAGUGAAGAAGGAUAAGUUUCCACCGUCUCUAACCUGGGAACGGGGUGUCAGAGACAGAAACUGUUGGAGAGGUUCAUUGACUGUGAACGUAACACUUUGACAGAUAGCUAAUGAAGAGAAACAAGUUGAUUCUAAUGUUGCCUUUUGCAUUUUAAAGAAACAAAGUACCUGAAAAACAUCUGAAAUAUCUGAAAAAUGAAAGUAACUUUCCUUUGUCUUUAAAAAAAAAAAUUCGAUACAAGCAGAUUGUCUCCUCUAGAGGGAGCUUGCUAAAUUGUUGCUGCAGCAUAUUUGAGACCCAACAUCUGUGAGAUUAAGACUGUGGGAACAGUCUUUUCUGACCUUGAACAAAGAUGAGCUGGGAGAAAGACUGGGUGCUUGCUCUAUGCAAGACAAAUGCUUUGCUGGAACAGAUGCAUGAGAAGAUGGACUUGAUGAAUGAGAAAAUCGAUUUGACUUUUGUGGUUAAUAACAUUGAUACAGAAAUCAUCCAAGAACCAACCUAUCAAUCUGUACUGACUGGGCAACUGCAGAUGACAAUGGAGGAGGAUGCGGCUGCACCUCAAAUAGUACAAAUGGAGAGACCCGAGGCCCUACAGGAACAUAAGCCGCUGUUAUUGAAAAUUGAAGCUGGAGUGGGCCAAGGGGAGUCUGGAGAUAAGGAGGUUCCUAGCUUUGGAGAGACCUUGAAAUUUGAUUUUAAAUUCAUUUUGGAUUAUAUCGAGGACUGUGGGGAAUGGGUGAGCUGGAUGAAGGGUGAUGGAGACAAUUUUGGGUUGGAAAUCCCCAGAGACCUACUCCUCAAUGAGAAAGGAAAGAAACUAAGACAGAGACCAACAAAAGACAAGGAAAAGGGCAAGCACAAACAAGAUGAAGAAGACUUGCAGAAGAGACAUGGAAGAGAUUUAAGGGCCUCGGACAUAAGGCUUCCAGGUUGAUGGACUAGAUGGAAUGGACAAUAAGGACUGACAUGACCCGAGACCAGGAAGAAGAGACGCUGGAUGAUGAUUGGAAGAGAAUAUAUAAUGGAAAUUUUUUAUUUUAGAAUCAGCUAAUGAAUAUUAGGGAAAAUGUGGGAAUGAAACUAUACGACUCUAGCAGAAAUGAUCUCAGGAGUUAUGUAUAUCUGAAAUUUAAGAUUUAAGUCUUAAGACACUUAGGGGUAAGAUAAGGUUAAAUAAAUUAAGGUAAUUUGAAUAGCAGAAUAAUGGGGAAAGAUGGUAAGGAUUUGUUGAGUUUUAUUAGGUUAAAUUGUUAAGAUAAAUUUUAUAACAAAAAUUGAGAAAGAUGGAAAGAAUUUGCUGAAAUAAUUACUAAACUAGAACACAAAAACAGAGGUGUGAGGAGGUCAAUGAAACAAGCAAAUGGAAAUUAUGGAUAUGGAAUUUGGGAUUUGUGGGUUUUUUUCUUUUUUCUUCUUUUUUACUUUCUUUUGUUGUAUUGUUGUAUUGGUUUUCAUAUUUUGUGCUUUUUCUCUUUUUUAUUGUUUUCUUUUUUUGUAUUGUAGUGUUGUUUUUUAUUUGUUCUUUUUUUUGUAAUUUUGAAAUUAUCAAUAAAUAUUAUUUUUUUAAAAAAAUGAAACACUGUAAUUGAGACUUCCAUUAUCCUCCCUGAAUUUGUUUUAAAGUUGUGGUUAAUUUGUGGGGUGGUUUUUAUUUAUGGAGUUGUUGUUGGCUCCACCCCCACCCUGGUAUUUCAUUAAGUAAUUGCAUUUUAUUGUAAUUUACUAUUAGGAACCAGUAUGGGAUAUAUUUGCAUGAAAGGCAGCAUACAAAUACUUUUGAUUAAUCCAUCUAUUUGAUAUGAGAAGAACUUCAAAGUACAGGAUUCCCUUCAGGUCCUGGCCUGCCAAACUGAGUUAUGAAACUCCCUCCACAAUUAAGCCUUGGGGCAUUUCCAGAUUGCCACCAUUUUGUGGGCGGGAUUCAAUUGCAUACUGACAAAUUCAGAUUGCACACCAAACCCGCUUGCAAAACAAACAAGCCCUGAACUUUCUACUAUAAGGAGUGUUGAGGAAAUGCACUGAAAACUGUAGAGAAACAAUUGCUUAAUGUGGCUGCUAUGUGGCUGCAUUGUAUACUGCUAUGUGUUGGGGUACCAGAGUUUUGUGGGUGCAAGGCAGCCAUAAUUCUUAUAAUAAAUAAAAGUUAGAAUCAAGGUUUGAUUAAACUGUGCCAAACAUGGAAAUUCCUGGGUGUGGCUUCCAACUCUACAAUUCUUAUUCUGUGAUUCUAAUGCAGCCAAGAUAGCAGUAAUGCUGGUUAGUAGAUAAGGUGAUCUGGGAACAGAAAUAUGACCUGUUGUGAUGGGGAUGACCUCUACCUGAAGCACCAGGCUUGUAGCUCCUGGCCUAGCAUUACACCUGGCUAUCCAGGCAGCUGCUGUGGCUAGGAGUGCCUUUGCUCAAGCUGAGAAGGCAGAUCUAGCCAUAGUGACACAUGCCUCAGUCAUAGCACCACAAUGUGUUCUACAUGGGGCUUCCCUUGAAGUGUGUCUGGAAAUUACACUUAGUCAAAAUGCUGUCUAAUGCUCACUGUUCGGCUAAUACAUAAAUCCCAGGAUUAUCUGAAAGACUGGUGCUGCAAUGGUAUUUAUUGCAAACAACAACACUGCUAAGUCAAAUCUAGAAGGAAAAAAAACCACCAUGAGUGAACAGCAGAGAGAACACUAAGAUGUACCAUUUGUCAGCGAUAUUGCAUAGACUCUCCAUAAAAAGUGAGUUACCAAAGGACCGAUAUUCCAUACAAAAGAGCUAGUGUAGGAGCAGCCUAGGAUAGAGGGCCAGAAGAAUCUCUGUGCCAAAGUACUCUUUAUCUGCAAAGUACUCUUGCUCUUCCAUUUUCCCAAAGCAAACUAAAUCACUUAUAGAGAUACUGGAACUCGUUGCUAUGUUUUGAAAAUAAUUUUUAAUAGUACAGAUCUACUGCUGGUAUUUUUUAACAUGUCUCCUAUCACUUUCACCCCCAUCUGUGCAGGUGAUUGCGAUUAUGAUGGAUCUCUUCACAGACAUGGAGAUCCUCAGUGACCUGAUGGAGGCAUCAAGCAGACGGCGUGUUCCGGUUUACCUGAUCCUUGAUGAAAAGAACUUGAGGCACUUUGCAGAAAUGUGCAAUAAAAUGGAUCUCACUAUGGAUGACUUCCCAGUACGUUUCUAGUUAGUUUUGCUAGUAUAGUACUACUAAGUUAAAACAACCUGUGAGAAAAUAUAUGGACAUUAAAGGGGGAGGACAGUUAUAUGCCUGUCAUUAUAGUGCUGUGAGAGGGGGUGGGGGCUAGAGAGCUCUAACAAUUCUUAGCAUCCUCACCAGACCUAAACCCCAGGAUUUUUUGGAAGACAUAACAGUUAAACUUGUAUAACACCAAUAUCAGUUUGCAGUUUUGCUAUACUGUCACUUAAAAAAGAAAAUUGAAUUUUGAUCCCUGCCUCCUUACAAUGUAGGUGAAGAAGUACAAUGUGUUGCUGAAUGUUUGUUCAGCUGGAUGACAGACAGAAAAGUAAACAAGACAAGUGCAGCCUUUAAAGCAGAGGUUGUGCUUUGGCAGAGGAGGCUUCACAUGUCAUUUCUACCACUCAGGAGCAGCUGAACACCCCAAGAGCAGAGAGAGUGACAAUUAUCAGGGCUAAGUCACAUAUCAUGCAUCACGUCUUCACCCAAAUAUUUCCAUCCAUCCAUUUUGGGUGAAACCAGAUAGGAUGGCAACAGAAACAUUUGUUUAUAUGCCCAGGUCUGCCUUGAUCACAUAUAAAGACGGAUUUAUGGAAAGCUCGUGCUUGAAGCACAUGGGGCCAGAGUGUGAAUCACACACACAUCCCUUUUCUUCCAUCUAUGCUCAUUUCUGGUAUGAUAACUCAACUGAAAAGAAAACUGCCUGAGGGAGCAAUACAAUUUAAAGUAUUUUAAAUACAAUUGGGACAAACAUGAAUUUAAACUUAUGGGCCUGCUGGUGUCAUGUCUAAUUGUGCCCUUUGUCUUCUGAAACUAUGUUCUUCUUCAAAGCACUUUCUUCAGGAAUUAAAAUAUACGUUCUGCCUUGGUGGAUCAGACCAAGUUCAUCCAGUUCAACAGCAUUCUACAGUGGUGCCUCGCAAGACGAAAUUAAUCCGUUCCGCGAGUCUCUUCGUCUUGCGGAGCACGGCUAUUAGCGGCUUAGCGGCUAUUAACGGCUUAGCGGCUAUUAACUGCUUAGCAGCUUAGCAGCUUUAAGAAAAAGGAAACAAACUCGCAAGACGUUUCAUCUUGCGAAGCAAGCCCAUAGGGAAAUUCGUCUUGCGGAACGACUCAAAAAACGGAAAACCCUUUCGUCUAGCGAGUUUUUCGUCUUGCGAGGCAUUCGUCUUGCGGGGCACCACUGUAUUUCCAUUAUGUAAUAAUCAAAUAGCCUGCUUGUCUACAUUAAUUACCCUAUAUUAUAUUAGUCAAUAUGAGCCAGAUCCUACACUCUUAAUAACCAUUCUGUAUCAUAGAGGUUUUUCUUUUCUGCCACUUUUGGGUUACUGCAAUUUUGGCUGUUCGAAUGUAUUGCACAUUUAUUGAUAAAGAGUUAUGUCUACAGCUACUAUAGCUUUCAAAUAUCUAAACAGGAUUUGAAAGGAGUCAAAUGAUAGAGGCCCCACAACUGGUUUCCAGUAUUUUAUAAUUUUAGAGUAUUUUGCCUCAAAACAUGAGGCAAAACAGCUCCUGGUCUUUCAUAUCUGCAGCAGUUAUUAUAUUUUGAGAUAUAUAUUUAAACUGCAACUAUGCAUCCUCAUCUGGGAUUAAGCCCCAAUGAACUCACUGAGCCCUACUUCCAAGUUGACAUUUACUGUAUAUAAUUGUGCUGUUAAUCUUAAUGGGGUAAGGAAACAGGUACAUGAGAUUUUUUGAAGAAACAUUCCCUUAAAUUCAAACACACUGUUGAUGUAGAUAUAUAUAUUGCAAUGGCAAAUUCCAAGUUUCAUAUUAAUUUAUACACACUGCAUACAUAUGUAAGUUCAGCACAGAAAAGACGGGACAUUUGUCUUUGCUCCCUUUGAUCUCUACUGUGCCUUGUUCCCUUUUCAGAAUAUGCGCAUACGCUGUGUGAGUGGAGACACAUACUACAGCAAAGCUGGCAAGAAGCUUACAGGACAAGCACUUGAGAAAUUUGUGUUGAUAGAUGGCGAAGAAGUCCUUGCAGGGACCUACAGGUGAGAUAUCAUGAACAAUGCAUGUAAGAUAUGGCCACCUCUUUCUUUAGGACCUGUGCUAUUUUAGACCCUGUGAAUAGGAUUGAUAUGCUUGCUACUUCGUUCAUGCAAUUUGGCAGUGGGGUAUAUGAGAACCAAAACACAGCCAAUCCUUUGAAAUUCACACUUCUCAGAAUUUUGCAGGGCAGUUCUUCCAUGGAAACAGAUUGUGUUGAGAGCAUGACUGACCCAGACAUUGCGGUUGAACAUGGAUUUCCCUAAUCUUCUUCCAAGUAAAUAGAGAUAAUAUGACACUGACACAAACAUUUAUAUAAAAGAGAUAAGUUUCACAAGUUGACUGUCCACUCAUUGAUCUUGUCCCUUUCCUUGCUGAUGCUAUAGCAUCUGUAUUUCAUCAUCAGUAAGUGCAGCUUCCUUUUUAUCUGCAUGCCUCAAUUACCCUGCCACACAUGCCAAUCCCUUGGCUUUGCCUUCAGGAGGAAACAGCCCUGUCUUGUUUUAACUGCAGCCAAGACGACUUCCUUGACUGAUACAACUCACUCCUUUCCACCCAGACAGAUUCAUCAACACUUUAAUAGGUGCCUUUCCCUUGCCCUCUCAUUUUAACUUACAGGAAGCCUGGGAACCCAGUGGAAUGUUCCCAUAUCAUGAAGCCAUCUCAAAGAACUACAAUGCAUGCAUUCCAAAAUGGCAUUUUUUUUCUUAAUGGCUUUUAAUAGGAAGGGAUACUUGGGUGUGGAAGUUUAUAAUAACUUGGCAGUCAGACUUGUUAAUUGUCAAGGGCAUUUAGGAACAGGGUAAUUUAUUGCACCAGAACAAGACACCACUGAUGCAGUAUUAAAACCCCACCCACUGGAUUCCUGAGCUGCUGGGAUUAGUUGCACUUCAACUAUUCUACUCAGAAUCCAUUUACCCAUUUCCACAUUUCAAAUAAACCAGACAAAACGGGACAAGUCUCCUGUACCUUUAAUAUUUAUGUAGAAGAGGAUGUUUUAGCAAUUACAGCUUGUCAUCCAGAGAUGAAAACCUACAACUCCUGAAAUCCCUUCUUCUACAUCAUUAUUAAGGGUCCAGAAGCUCCACCCUCCAGUGCUGCUCUUUUGGGGCUCUUGGUUCACUAACCCUCCUCCUUGCACUUCAAUGAUCCCCAGUUAGAAGAGGGAGCAACUGAUGCUACUAAUCUAUUCCUGCCUCGCAUCAGGUCCUGGAUCCACUACCCCAUAGGUAGGCAAACUAAGGCCCAGGGGCCGGAUCCGGCCCAAUCGUCUUCUAAAUCCGGUCCAGGAAUCAGUGUGUUUUUAUAUGAGUAGAAUGUGUGCUUUUAUUUAAAACACAUCUCUGGGUUAUUUGUGGGGCAUAGGAAUUUGUUCAUCUACCCCCCCCCUGCAAAAAAAUAGUCCAGUCCCCCCACCACAAGACCUGAGGGACAGUGGACCGGCCCUCUGCUGAAAAAGUUUGCUGACCCCUGCACUAGCCCCUCACCCCAACAAUACUCGUGGGAUUAUUCACACGUUGUCCUUCCCUUGUUUGCCCACAAUGCCAGGCCAGUGGGAAAUCUCUAAAAGAAACGGUUUCUUUAUUUGUUUCAAUAUUUUUAGACCUUUCAAUAUAAAAAGUUCUGGAAAGUGGCUAACAAAAAAAUUAAAAAUGCAUACCACAACAGUACAUAAGAACAAAAAUAAGAACAUGAUAAAAUACUGUAAGCUGUAAAUCAUAGCAGAACACUGAUAACUAAUUCAAUUCAGCAGCAGGAAACAACCAACGGGAACAGUGAACCAAAAAACUCAAGAGUCCCAAGCUCAGAAUCUGAAAGAUAAUCAGAGCAGAGAUGGAGUGAGCUUCUCUGACAGGGUGCUGCCAUUGUAAGAAUGCCAAUAUCGUAAGCUGAUGAUUUCCACUUUAACCCCAAUGGCACACAGACCUGGAGCAAACCUAUUGGAGGAAGAUGGAGGUCAAGCCUCCCUAGACACCUUGUCCUCUAAACUAAAUUUUAAACCAAUAUAUAUGGAGAUUAGCUCCAGUAACUCAUCUUGAGCAGAAAGUGCUUUACACAUGUUCAGGAACACCCAUUACUUUUUCAUAUCCCAGAGCUGGCCCUUAAUAUUGAAAAUAAAGUCCAGGGCUAAACCCUUGUAAAGGAUUAUUCACAUUCUGCAGCAAACACCCCAUUUUUGCUUCGAUUUCUAUUUCUGAACAGUCACCUCUGUAACAUGUGCUGCCAACACAGCACCACCUGGAGUUGCCAAGUGGUAGGGCCAAUGAUAUUUCCUUACACUGUAGACUGGGGAGCAAAUCAAAGGCAAAUCUAGGGAAUACUGGUGUGGAUGGAAUGGCCCGCAAGGUCUUUUUCUUUGACAUACUGAAUAUAUGACAACAACAAACAAACCUACCAGCUUUUCCCCCAUAUCUGUUACUAGGAUCUUAUAACAACCAUGAAAUAUAAUAGCUUGGCAUAUUCAGGUAAUAGCUUCAAUUAUUGCCCAACAAACCUAAUGCUUGUGAACUCAUCCUGAAUCACUGCUCCUCAAACUGCUCCACCCAUUAUUUUCAUGCACUGAAAUAAUACUGAUGUGUUCAGCUAACUAUCCUGUCCAAUGCAUUUCCAUAGUAUCCAAAUAGAUAACUAUUUGAAAUCAGAGUUAUUUGGUAUGUUGAUGAUUCACAGGGUCUCUGAAUCCUUUCCUUUUCAGUUUUACGUGGCUGUGCAGUCAAGUCCACACUGGCCUGGUGACACACUUCAAAGGAAAAAUUGUUGAGGACUUUGACAGAGAGUUCCGAUGCAUAUAUGCCGAGUCUAGAUCUGUGAACAAACUCAGCAUCCCCAAAGCUGAAAAAUCCACAACCUCUCCCCACAGAUUGUUGCAGAAACUUGAGCCAGUUUCUAAGCGUAUUCAAAUGAAUGAGAGCGAGACCACCAGCCCCUCAACUAGCCUCUCAAAUUCAAGCGUAGUAAGCAUAAGGAGAUCACCAUAUCUAGACCUGACAACUUCUAAUGCACACUGUGAAAUUAAAGAAUGGACUCCCGGUGAAACAAGAAUGAAUGUUUCAGGCUUCCUGGGACUUAAUGACUUGAAAUACCAGCCCAGGGAGCUGCUGGACUCUAGCUGCAGUGCAUCAGCUAAAUUAAAUGAUGCACCUAAUCUACUAAGACUUAAGACAUCUUUGCUGUCAACAUCUUCACCAAUACUAAGCAACAACACAAGAAAUGGGCACGAUUUGAAGCUUCUGCCUGAGAGUAUAGGAAUGAAAGUCAACAAAAAGUUCCCUUAUACUGUUCAAGCUAUGGAAGAUGUAAACAAAAUACAGAAGGAUGAAAAACCAGCAACUCAUGGCUACAGCAGACUAGAUCUCAGUAACAAGCCUACUAAAUCAGUACAUUUUGAGCCGAAGACCACGGAUUCUAGUUCCUAUUGCUCCUCUGAUGAUGUGCCAACGAAAAACAGCAGCAAAAUACACAGGGAUGAAAAAAGAAUGACUCUUGGUCACAGUAAAUUGGAUCUCAUUACCAACUAUAACAAGUCAAAACCAAAGCUAGUUCACAGUCGAUUUGAGAUGUAAUUUUGUAUUAUCAUUUUAGCAAAAACAUAUGACCUGAUUCAAAUGUUUAAUUAUAUCUGUAAUAAUACAAAAAUAUGGAAGUCCCAAAUCUCCCAUUCAUAGUUGGGUGUAUCAGACUUAGUUUUAAAAAACAACAAACCUGAAUAGUCUUAAAAAGGAGUCCAGAAAUAUAAACCCAUAGCUAUGUGACAGCUAUAGGAUGAACUCUUGAUAUUGUAGGGUGCUAGAAUUACUGUAUUUUUUGCUCUAUAAGACGCACCAGACCACAAGAUGCACCUAGUUUUUGGAGGAGGAAAACAAGAAAAAAAUAUUCUGAAUCUCAGAAGCCAGAACAGCAAGAGG